CCCAAGAUGAUGGUAUCAAAAAUAUUUAAAAAUUUUCUCAUUGUAAAACAUCAAGGUUUUAUACAUGCCAAUUAUUGUGCCACCAAACCAGUUAUUGAUGUUCAUAAAAUCCGAAAUAUAGGAAUAUCUGCUCAUAUAGAUUCAGGAAAAACAACAUUAACAGAAAGAAUAUUAUUUUAUUCAGGAAGAAUUGAUGAAAUGCAUGAAGUUAGGGGCAAAGAUAAUAUAGGAGCAAAGAUGGAUUCAAUGGAAUUGGAAAGGCAAAGAGGCAUAACUAUAAAAUCAGCAGCCACUUAUAUUAAAUGGAACAAUCAUUUUAUAAAUAUCAUUGAUACUCCAGGACAUGUGGAUUUUACGAUUGAAGUGGAGAGAGCAUUGAGAGUUUUGGAUUCAGCAGUAUUGGUAUUAUGCGCAGUGGCUGGAGUCCAAUGCCAAACACAUACAGUAGUCAGGCAAAUGAACCGUUACUCUAUCCCUUACAUUGCUUUCAUCAACAAGUUGGAUCGAACCGGGGCGAACCCUUAUGCAGUUUUACAACAAAUCAAGAACCAAAUAAAUGAAAAUUCCGCUUUCUUGCAAAUACCCAUAAGUUAUGGGGAUAAUAACAGAGUUGAGGGAAUUAUAGAUCUCAUUCGAUCUCAGAGCGUUUAUUUCAAAGACCCGCAUGGUACUCAGGUCAUUAAGACACCUGACAUACCUCAGCACAUGGCUUCAUUAUUCCAUAAAUAUAGGAGAGAAUUGAUAGAGACUUUGGGAAACGUGGACGAGGAAAUGGCAUGUUAUUACAUAAACGAGCAAUGCCCUUCUCCCGAUAUUAUAGAAGCAGCAAUUAAACGUUCAACUAUACUAAGAAAAUUUGUUCCCGUAAUUCUUGGUUCAGCGCUUAAAAAUACUGGUGUUCAAACUCUGUUAGAUUGUGUCACAUUUUACCUUCCUGAUCCAACGCAAAAAGAAAAUUACGCUUUAGAUAAUUCUAAGAAACCAGUUGAAAAGAUAUUGUUGAAUCCAGAUAUGGACAAAUCCUUACCUUUUGUAGCUUUAGCUUUUAAAUUGGAGGUUGGCAAGCACGGAAACGUUACUUACCUUAGAACCUAUCAGGGAGCUUUGAAUAAGGGCGACACUUUGCUCAAUACACGAACUCGUAAACGGGUCAAGGCAAGUCGUGUCAUUAAGAUGCACAGCGAUGAACUUCAAGAAGUCGCCCACAUCCCACCUGGGGACAUCUGUGCCAUCAUUGGAAACAUUGGAAGCACAGGCGACACUUUCGUUAGCGGUGAGGGUGUGGAAGGACUUAGCUGUGAAAGUAUGUUCGUUCCUGAGCCCGUAGUUAGCAUGUCCAUAAAACCUGAUCCAAUAUCUGCUUCCUCUAACGACAAUGGCACUCGCCGAUUAGAGGCAUUUGGUAAGGCAAUGACGCGAUUUGCUCGCGAAGAUCCCACUUUCCGUGUCGUUUUUGAUGAAGAGGCUCAAGAAACGAUUGUGCAAGGUAUGGGUGAGCUACAUUUAGAAAUAUAUAAACAGAGGAUGGAAAGAGAAUAUGGAGUGAAGUGUAUAAUGGGGGCUCCCAAAGUUGCAUUUAGGGAAACGAUCACCACCAAUUGCGAAUUUGAUUACCUCCACAAGAAACAGCAUGGUGGUUCCGGGCAAUAUGGCAGGAUCAUAGGAAAUCUCGAACCAUUGCCUGCAAAUGAUUACAUCAAAACCGAGUUUGUGGACAAUACUGUAGGAACAAAUAUUCCUAAUCAAUUUAUUUCUUCCAUUGAAAAAGGAUUCAAUCAAGUUUGCCAAAAGGGAUUUCUCUCUGGUCAUAAAAUAUCUGGAGUUAGGUUUAACCUCCUUGAUGGAGAUCAUCAUAUUGUAGACUCAAAUGAUAUAUCUUUCGUAAUGGCCGCUUUCGGGGCUAUUAAGCAAACAUUCGAAUAUGGGACAUGGACUAUUAUUGAACCUAUUAUGAAAGUCGAAGUAAAUGUUCCAUCUGAAUUUCAAGGCAUUUUAAUAGCUACGCUAAGUCGUAAAAAUUCUGUUAUAAUAGCGACUAAUCAAGCUCUUGUAUAUUUCACUAUGAUUUGCGAAGUCCCUUUGAAUAACAUGUUUGGUUUUGCUUCGGAACUUCGUUCUAUAACGCAAGGUAAAGGGGAAUUUACCAUGGAAUAUUCUAAAUAUGCUCCCGCUUUACCCGAAACUCAAAAUAAAUUAAUUCAAAAUUAUAGCAACUCUAAUAGUCAACAAAUUAAAUCUUCUCGAACUUCAUAAACACCUUAUCAUUUAUUAACAAUUUUGUAUAUAAAUUAUAAUUAAACAUGGUUAAAAAAAUUAUUUAUAGUUAGCCAAUUAUGUUUACAUUCAUAUCACGUUAUUUUAUCAUAUCCCAGAGAAUGACUUUUUUUAAAUUGAUCAG